UGGUAUUCAAGAUGGCAUUGAUGAGAAGGACGAACCUGCUCUACAUCAGCUCGUCCACCUAUAUAAAGGGCACUGAACAUUUGGUAAACACGUGCAUCCUCAGAGAAACACGGACAUCUCUACUGACAACCUACCAUGAAGCUCCUGAUCCUGUUUGCUUUGGUGGCUGCUAGCCAGGCUGGAGUCCUCUACAACCCUUACUUCUAUCAUCCAUAUUACUACCACGGACUGGGUGCUAGCGUUCAGCAUCGUGCCCAGGAUAAUCUUGGUAAUUACAACUUUGGCUACAAUGAGGGUCACGUGACCGGCGGAACUUUCCGCAAGGAGGUCGGAAGUGGCAUUGGAAACGUGAAGGUUGGUUCUUACGGUCUGAGGGAUGCUGACGGAACUGUCCGUGUUGUUGAUUACGUCGCUGAUGCCCGGGGUUUCAAUGCUAAGAUCCACACUUCUGGCGAUCUUCCCGAGAAGACCCCCGCUAACGUUGAGGUCGCCAAGAUCAAGCCCGUUGAGGUCAAGCCCGUUGCCUACAACUGGGGUUGGAAUGCCCACCCUUAUAACUACGGUUACUGGUGGUAAAUUCCAGAAACUUGAAAGCAGUGCUAGGUGCCACCUAGUCUGUUUUAGCAAUUAUUUGUAAUCCGAGCAACAGCUUUUAUGUACAAAAUGUAAAGUGUUUUGGAUUCUUUCUAUAAGGCCUGCUCUGAAAUAAAAUAUAUUUUUUUCACUG